GUGUCCGCCGUGAUUCGCGCUCGUUCUCCGGGUGCGUUUCCCUUUAAAUCCCGCUGAUCUCAGCUCCUCUGAGAUCACCAGACAGCAGAGGACGAGGCGGCAGCACCAUGGACUCAUGACCAACACCGCCAUCGGAUGCUAUGACCACACACCUGCAGAUUUGCUCAUCAUGGAAAUGGAUAUCGAUAUGAUGCCGUCUUUUUCCUCAAAGGAGGAGGAGAUUGACUUCUGGAAGACUCUUUCCUUCAAGUACAAGAAAGGCUGUGAGGAGGCGCAGGAGGAGCUGCUGGAGUUUCAGGAGGGAAGCCGGGAGCUGGAGGCCGAGCUGGAGGCUCAGCUGAGCCAGGCUGAGCAUCGCAUCAAAGACCUGCACUCUGAGAACCAAAGACUCAAGAAUGAGGUGGAGACACUGAAGGAGAAGCUGGAGCAGCAGUACUCUCAGAGCUACAAGCAGAUCACACUACUGGAAGACGACCUGGGUCAAAUGCGCAGCAUCAAGGAGCAGCUUCACAAAUACGUCCGAGAGCUGGAACAGUCCAACGACGACUUGGAGAGAGCCAAGAGAGCCACCAUUGUGUCCCUGGAGAACUUCGAGCAGCGCCUGAACCAAACCAUCGAGCGGAACGCCUUCCUGGAAAGCGAGCUGGAUGAGAAGGAGUCGCUCAUGGUCUCUGUGCAAAGAUUAAAGGAUGAAGCCAGAGAUUUGAGACAGGAGCUGGCUGUGCGAGAGAGGCAGGCAGACGUUAGCAGGAUGUCUGCUCCCAGUUCGCCCACUCAGGACAACGUGAAGAUGGACUCCGCCGUGCAGGCGUCGCUUUCCUUGCCUGCAACCCCGCUGAGCAAAGGUCUGGAAAACGCCUUCGCCAACACGCCAACAGUGUUAUCCAAUGGCUACGGCAGUAAUUCCCCUCUGACACCGUCGGCCAGAAUAUCAGCCCUCAAUAUUGUCAGCGAUUUACUGCGUAAAGUUGGGGCGCUCGAGUCCAAGCUGGCCGCAUGCAGGAACUUUGCCAAGGAUCAGAAAUCCAGGAAGUCGUACACGCUCGACAACGGCAACGUGCUGAACGCAAACACAGCCAUCUACUCACAAGCACUGCACACCUCUUAUUUUGACAAGGCCACGGCCGUGAACGGGCUAAAACCGGGCGCCAUGGCAGCCGUCACUGCACCUCCCGUCUCCUCGUCUGCCGGCUUGGUGCCCCUGGCCGUGUGAUCGUCUAAAGAGGGAGCAGAGAGCGAGCACGAAGGCCUCACCUGUCCAUCUCUGUCGCUGCGUCUCCUCCAUGUUGUGUCUGUGGUUCUGACUCGGCACUUGUGCUUCGUAUCUGCAGUAUACCCAUCGUCCGUGUGUAAAUAUUGUGUUUACGCUGUUUGCUCACUCACUGGUGCAAAGACUCAACAUCCGUCUCUUCCUACUCCCGGGUGACUCAUGUUUCUCAGAAAAAGGAAAAAAUUAUGCAAAUAGUGUUAGAAAUAUCAAUGAAACCGUUAAAAAUUGAUUAUUUUGUGUGUAUUAAUACACUUUUCCCACAAAUGUAUCUAUCAUUUAGCAAUAACACCACUUUACCUUCUGCAGAGUAAAGAGUUUUUAACAGGGAGACAUCCAUACUGCUGCCGGGAUUUACCUGGAGUCACAUGACCUGUUUCUCCGUCACCUGUUCAGAAAUGUGCGAGCUGAACUCCUCAAAUGUUCAAAACCACCACCUCGAGCAUAAAUGCUGGACCUACAUUUAACUUGACUUUGAAUCACCAGUGGAGUGGAGCUGUUGUAGUGUUCAAACCUGUUAACCAGCAUUUUUUUCUACAUUUACAUUCAUGGUUUUAUCCAACUUUUCAUUCAGUCGAUAACCGUUUAUAGUAGGUUCCUAAAAUGAAGCACUUUCACUUCAUGUGAACUUUAAUUCUUGUUUGUUUGAAUGUUUUACAUUCGUGCAAUAUCACCUGUUUAUUACUAUUCAUAAUGUUUAUUUAUUUUAGAUUUCUUUAAGCAUGUACUAAUAAAAGAUGUAUUUAUACUGUCA